GGUGUGGAGCAGAAACCAGAGACACAUAUCUGACUUUCAUCUCCCUGAACACUAAAAUUCAGCUCAACCUCAUCAUGCCUCCAGUAGUGAGACAUGAAGGAGAAUCUGCUGAGAUCAUCUGCUCUUAUGAUUCAAUCUAUAAAUCAAAGCCAAAGUCUCUCUGUAAGGGGAAGUGCUCCACUAGAGACAGAAAUCCUCUCAGUGAGACUGUGAGAGAAGAGAACGAGACCAAGACUGACAGAUUGACUCUGAAUGAUAACAUCACUGCAGGUGUCUUCACUGGGACCAUCACUGGACUGACAGCAGAGGAUGCUGGGAAAUACUGGUGUGCAGUGACAUUAGAAACAGAGCUCAAUUAUCUUUACACUCAUCUGAUCGUCAUCAUGAACGAGGGUGAGGAAGGUUUCUGCAUCUGAAUAUGUGAAACUAUG